GAAGGUCGAAGGCGGCCGAUUCACGUGGCAGCACAAAACGGACACCUUGAAGCAGUCAAGCUGUUAUUGAAGCUAGAUCCGGGGGAUAUCAACAUAGAAACAAAGAACGGCGCCACCCCAUUGCUUCUUGCCUCGGGGGGGGAGACGGCUAGUCAUCUCGAGGUUGCGCGCUACCUUAUUGAGCAAGGCGCGGCUAUAAACCUUGAUGCUGCAGAUGAAAGCGGAAAGACUGCUCUGCAUCACGCUUGCGGACUGGGGGCUAUUGACAUGGUGGUGCAGCAUCUCCUGGAGAAAGGUGCUGACGCGAACGAGAGAGAUUAUGGACGGCAGGCGCCGCUUCUACUAGCCAUCGAGAUGAGGAACGAGGAAAUCACCAAGCUGCUGCUCGAUCACAACGCGGAUCCGCAUUGCCAAACGCCUUGGGGCAUGAAUGCACUGCACGCGGCGUGUUAUGUCGGGUCAGCACCUCUCGCCCAGCUGCUCUUGGAGCGCGGAGCCGCGGUAGAUGCGACAGACGACGAGGGCUGGACGCCGCUCCACUAUGCCGCGAGCUUUGACUCCAAGGAAUGUGCUGAGCUCAUGCUUGAUUCCGGGGCUUCUGUUCUGGCCAAGUCAAAUGAUGGCUGGACGCCGUUUGCCCUUGCGGUA